CCUUGUUGGAGGAAAAUGAAAUAUUGCCUCAUGAAAUGCUGCAGACUCCUUUGCCUAGUAUUGACUCUGCCUUUGAAUGUGAUGGAGAUCACAGGCCUGUGCGCUCUGUACAAACGCGUGUUCCCGCUGCUCGCAUACAACAUCACGUUUUCGUACAACGCCAAGAUGCUCAAAAUCAAGAGGGAGCUCUUCCGCAACGUGGCCAAAUUCGCGAACGCCGACGGGACACUUCGCCUGCUGGAGAUCGGCUGCGGCAGCGGCGCAAACUUCCAGUUCUACCCGUACGGCUGCACGGUGAUCUGCAGCGACCCCAACCCGCACUUCGACAAGUACCUGCGGAGGAGCAUGGAGCAGAACAAACACCUGACUUAUGGCGAGUUGGUAGUCGUGUCCGGAGAGGACAUGGGGGACGUGCAGGACGAGUCCGUGGACGUGGUGGUCUGCACCCUGGUCCUCUGCUCUGUCAGCGACGUGCGGCGGGUCCUGCAGGAGGUGCGACGCGUCCUCAGGACAGGAGGAGCCUUCUUCUUUUUGGAACAUGUUAUGUCAGAUCCGUCCUCGUGGACGUACUUCUUUCAGCAUGUGCUUGAACCUCUGUGGUACUAUCUUGGGGACGGGUGCAGGAUUACCAGAGCAACAUGGAAAGAUCUAGAGGCUGCUGGUUUCUCUGAACUUCACCUGAAACAAAUUGAGGCUCCAGAGGUGACGUUAGUGAUAAGACCACACAUCAUGGGAUUUUCUGUUAAAUGACAGAAGGGAAGGAUGGACAUUUUGCCCCAUGUAUAUCAUUUAGUAGGUGUAUAGUAUUUUCACUCAAAAGCCCAGUCAUGUGUCCCUGCUAAACCAUAUCUCACCAUACUUUAUAUUCUUACAUAUUGUCUGUGUGGCAAUUCAUUUACAUUUUUUAUAUCUGUAUAAUAUAUUUCAUAAUAUUUUAUAUGACUUUUCAUUCGAGAGAGACUCUGUGAAGGGGUUAUUUCACAACAAUUACACAUGUUGCAAUAGCAAUAAUAAUGCAUCUGUAUAAAUGUGAAGGACAUUUAGCUGAGCAGGAAGAUGCCCUAGAAUAUGACAUUAAAUUAUGAAACUUAACUGUUUUUAUUGAAGACACCAUUCUUGCAUUCAAAAAUAUGAGUUCAAAUUCAGGAUGCAGGUUUCAUAUUAUCAAGCGCACAUUUUACAAAGGACAAAAAUACAUUAGCCACGCUACAUGUUUUGAGUGAAAAUAUAUUUAUUUUCUUACAGAAUCAGCAACAUUUCAUAGACGGUUUGUUCUUCUUCCCCACCCUUCCCAAGAUGCACAUAAUAAAUAUUACCUGGACACUGUGCUUUUUCCCUGAUUGUCUAAGUAACUGCCAAGAAACAAACCACACCUGAUGUCUUAUUUACUGUUACCCUUGAUAUUCCAUUGCACAAAAAAAAAAAAGGAAUGCGAUUUUAAUGGAGAAAUGAGGGGAAUUGCUGGUUCACAAUAUAAACAGGAAUUUUAUGUCUGUGUAAUAAUCAUACAGUCAAAAUUCUGCAGAUGCUGUUAGAAGAAGAAAAAAAUAUCCAACAGCUACAUUUUUAAAAACACGAGAAAAGGAAGGGAUA